AGGCAAUCAAUAAUGUGCGUUUGUUUGUACAUUCUGUUAAAUUUAUUCACAUAUUUAAUUUAAGUAAUAGUCAAAACAAACACAUGAAACGUGAACCUAACCUCAAAUUAAUAAUCUCGCCCGGCCACCCAAGACAUGGAUACAAAUGUGUUUGUUUUGACUAAAACUUAAAUAUGAAAUUGCAAGAAUCCAGGGAAAAAACUUCACAGAACCAGAGUAAAGUUUGCUAGUUGCUACAGAUACUUAUUCGUUUGGUUUUGUUUUCAGAGUCCAAUUUUAUCUCCAAAACUUUCUUAACGGCGGCCUCCUCCCAAAACUGCAUAAAGGAACAGUAAAAAAACCCCGAGCGAUUAACAAUAAAUAAAUAAAUAAAUUAUACCGGAAGAUCCGAAUCCACCGCGUUUAGUCCACCGUCAUCAGCCCAUCACCAAGCAGCCACUGCCAUUCCCGUUCUGUCUUCCACUCCCCUCCCAAUUAUUUAAUCAUUCCUUCACUCGUUUCCUUUAUUUCACCUCUCCCUGCUUGGCUUGCUUUCAUAUUGCCCUUUUUAAACGACCACUUCAUUUUCAUGAUCCUUCACUUCACUUACUAAUCUAGUAACCUCACACUCACUCUCUGCUUGCCUCCUUCUACUGCUAAAACUAGUGCAGAAAAGGGGAAAGACCCCAGCUUUCAGGUUCGAUUCAUUUAAUUCUGCAACUGGAAUUCAAUUCGAUUUACUCCAUUUGCAGCUGAGUAGUUAGUGUUCAUUUCUCACUUGGGCUUUCUUCAUUCAUGCUGUUCUUCUUCUUGUUCGUGGUAGUUCCGCCAUUUGCUUGCUCUUUCCCUGAGAUUUCACGAUUUCGAGAAGGUUCGAACUUGAAAAAGUUUCCAGCUUUUGGUUUCCAGAGUCGGAUCUGAAACUUGUGCUGGGAUCCACAUUGGAUUUCCUUUCAACUUGCCGAUUUAGUUCGUUAUCUCCUAGCUCUUUAUUCAUUUGCUUUUCUCUGAAUUCGACUGUUAAAUCUGAUGAAGGGAUCAAAAUCCUGGUCAGUUUGGUUUUACUAAGAAUCAUUGUUAUUUCUUUAACUGCUCUAUUAGUUUACCUGCAGAUUCUGUAGAAUUUGCUGAACUUCUUUUUGUUAAUAGCCAUGAGCGAUAUAGUUCCAAGGUUGUUGUUUUCCGGAAUUUGAGGUCGUCGGUCUAACUAAUUUCAUUAAAAAAUGGGAUCAUUGAGAAUUUGACUUCAGGGUCAACAAGGAUUCAAUGUAGAUCACAAUCCUAACUGCUUCCACUCUCCAGAUUUAGAAUCUAUAUUUUAAGUUCAUUUCUCAUAAUCAAUAAUAGAUAUCUUGAUUUAAUCGGAAUAUAUGGCUUUACAUAACGGUUAUUUACUUUACUAUUAUUACUCCUGUGUUACUGUGUAGCUUGAUAGAGCUAUCUAUCUACCGUGUAAUUUUGGAGCUACUAGCUAACACUGGCAACAUCUUCUGCUUCAGGGGAGCUCCCAGAACUAAUACAAUGGGCAUCAAGGAUAAUCCGAAUGGGAUCAGAUCGCGAAGUCCGAUAUCGAUAUUCCUUGUCUUGUGUUUGUGCUGUUUCUUUUACCUCUUGGGGACAUGGCAGAGAAGCGGGUUUGGGAAAGGAGACACCAUAGCUAAGCAGAUAGCUCAACAAGAAGACUGCGAUGUUGUGAAAAAUCUGAACUUUGAAUCACAUCACAGUAUCGAGAUAGUCGAGCAGUCCAAAGUCGUGGGCAAGGUGUACAAGCCGUGUGAUGUCAAGUACACGGACUACACACCUUGUCAGGAGCAAGACCGGGCGAUGAAGUUCCCAAGGGAGAAUAUGGCGUACAGGGAGAGGCACUGUCCUCCAGAGGAGGAGAAAUUGCGCUGCCUAAUACCUGCUCCCAAGGGAUAUACUGCACCAUUUCCAUGGCCGAAGAGUCGUGACUAUGUGUACUAUGCUAAUGUUCCGUUUAAGAGUUUGACGGUUGAGAAAGCUAAUCAGAACUGGGUGGAGUAUCAGGGCAAUGUUUUCAAGUUUCCAGGUGGUGGAACCAUGUUUCCACAGGGCGCUGAUGCAUACAUCAAUGAGCUAGCUUCGGUUAUACCGAUAGCUGAUGGCUCUGUCAGAACAGCGCUCGAUACAGGAUGCGGGGUUGCAAGCUGGGGAGCAUAUAUGCUGAAGAGAAAUGUGUUGCCUAUGUCAUUUGCACCCCGGGACAAUCACGAAGCACAAGUACAGUUUGCUUUGGAGAGAGGCGUGCCAGCUGUGAUUGGGGUUCUUGGGACAAUGCAUCUUCCAUACCCAUCGAGAGCCUUUGAUAUGGCACAGUGCUCAAGAUGUUUGAUUCCAUGGACGGAAAAUGAGGGAAUCUAUCUGAUGGAAGUUGAUCGAGUUCUUCGACCAGGAGGAUAUUGGGUCCUCUCUGGUCCUCCCAUCAACUGGAAGACCUACUACAAGACGUGGAAACGAACUAAGCAGGAUCUCCAGGCUGAGCAAAAGAGGAUCGAAGAUCUUGCUGAAAGCCUUUGCUGGGAGAAGAAGUAUGAGAAGGGUGAUGUUGCUAUCUGGAGAAAACUGUCAAGUGAUGAAAACUGCAAAAGCAAGAAUUCUGUCAACUUGUGUAACUCAGCGGACGCUGAUGAUGUCUGGUACAAGGAAAUGGAGAAGUGCAAAACCCCUUACCCUGAAACUGGAGGUGGCAGCGAGGUAAAGAAGUUCCCAGAGAGGCUUUUUGCUGUGCCUUCCCGCGUAUCGGAUGGACUCGUGGAUGGAGUGUCAGCAGAGUCUUACCUAGACGACAAUCAGCUCUGGAAGAAGCGUGUCAAGGGUUACAAGAGAAUCAAUAGGUUGAUUGGCACAGGAAGGUAUAGGAAUGUGAUGGAUAUGAAUGCCGGGCUUGGUGGAUUUGCGGCAGCUCUUGAAUCGCCCAAGUCCUGGGUGAUGAAUGUCGUGCCUACGAUCGAGAAGAACACUUUGGGUGUUGUUUAUGAACGAGGGUUGAUUGGAAUAUAUCAUGAUUGGUGUGAGGGAUUUUCUACUUACCCGAGGACGUACGAUCUUAUUCAUGCGGACCACUUGUUUAGCUUGUACAAGAACAAGUGCAAUCUUGAAGACAUACUUCUGGAAAUGGACAGAAUUCUGCGCCCCGAAGGCACAGUAUUGAUAAGAGACGAGGUCGAUGUGCUGAACGAGGUGAUGAGCAUGAGCAACGGCAUGAGAUGGGAUACGAGAAUGCUGGAUCAUGAAGAUGGCCCUCUUGUCCCUGAGAAGAUAUUGGUUGGUGUGAAGCAGUAUUGGGUUGGCAGCUCCAAUAGCAACAGCACAGAAACUGAUGAACAAUAGACCAGACAGAAAGAAGAAAAAAAAAAACAAGAAGAAGAAAAGAAAGUAGCAUAAACUGCUCAGUGAAUCUGAAAAGACCGAAACUUUGAUCGAAAGAACGAACGAACAAUACCAUGAAAAUGGUAAGAGAGCUGCCAGAAUUCAGGAUGCCUAGCAGUGAUUCAAUUAGUAUGGAAGCAAAUGAUGCAGGAGAAGGGGGAAACGCCGUUCGUCUGGGGUGCAUGCAUAGUUAAUUUAUUCGAUUGUUUGAUUUACAUAUGCAGUAGAUGUGACUUGGGAACUAUGUUGGAUACAAUUACACAUCAGAAUUGAUUUGCCUGAAUGUUGUCUUAGUGGUAGCUGCCCAAAGUGGGUUAGUAUCAAUCAUGAAAGCUCUGAAUUUUCUUCAUAUAUGUCUGCUGUGAACUACUCAGUUUUUGUAUUAUGCAUUACCAAGUAAACUCAUCGUCGGUUGAUGUACUCUCGCAACCAAAAACAGGAAGCUUGGAGUGGACGAAUUGAAGAGGUUGAGCUGGCAAUUUUUGGCUCCCACUUUGGUUCUCCAUUAAAGCAUCUGGAUUGGA